AUGCCAAAAGUCGACACAUCCUCCCCGGCAGACAUCAAGCCCUAUAAGCGACCUUCUUCCCCUUCUUCUUCCGAAAAAGCAAAAUCAAAAUCACUUAAACAAACCAAGAUCGACUUACCCAGAAUCAAGUCCAGUGUAAUUGAAAACGAACCCAAAGUGAAGAAAGGCGAAUACGAUAAAUCAUUACUGGUGAUUCUUGUUCUCAAAACUGCUAAAGAUAUCAAAUGGGAUUUGUUAGGUCAGAAAACUGACAAAACUGCCACUCAAUGUAAAGAAGUUUGGAGAAAAGUUAUCCUGCCUGCGUUGUCUACUAAUAAAUCAUGGGCGAACGAAGGGAAAGGUUGGACUAAAUCAAUGAAGAUUGAGUUGUUCAUGACUGUGUUAGAGAGUUGUAAACCAAAUUGGGAGGACAUGACGGCCUCUUUUCAAGGUAAAACGAAAUCUCAGAUUCAUGAUGUAUGGCGAAAAAUGGUUCUACCUAAAUUGAAAAGAGGUGAAACCGUCUGGUGA